AUGCCUUCCAAUAAGGAUCGGUUCUAUGUCGCCCUGUACCAUUGGGCGUUCUUUGUAUCUCCAAAGGAUGAUCCCGACGGCGAUGAUCGCACAGUACGGCACCACGCCACCAACAAGAUUCUUCUGCGAGACGGGACAAUGCAGCAAACCUGGCAAUACCAGCAGGACCACCUCAAAAAGGUCAAAACCACAAGGCUCCUAUGCAGAAUCCUCAUCGGCAAGGUUGAGAAACCACGACAGGAACUUGAAAGUUCGCUUCGACGUGUGCCAAUAGUGCAGGAUGACCCAAACUGGAGGUGUCGAACGUGGACCGCAAAUGCCGUCGAACAGCUAGCGAAAGACGGGAUUCUGAGCAGCAGGUCCAUCACGGAUUGGUCGGUUAUUGAGGCCGGGUGUCGAGCGUAUAUCCAGAAGAAGAUAGAGAAUGGAAGAUUCACUUCGUUGACGACCACGAUCCCUACGUAUGACCUCAUGGCGAGAAUGGAAACAGUGCCCUGA